AUGCUACUAAAUUUGACUGAAUUUAUAACGAAUAGUACAGCCGGGAAGGCAAUGAUCUAUUCAUGUAAAUCAUAUUGUGGUGGGUGGGGCGAUCGUUUACGUGGCAUUACUUCUGUUUACAUUCUUGCUCUCUUGACACAUCGUCGUUUUAUGAUCGAUAUGAAUUAUCCAUGUCAAAUUGCUCAAGCACUCGAACCGAAUCUUGUCAAUUGGACAUAUGUCCAACAUACAUCACAGAAAAAUCUAACACGUUUAUCAGUCAAUACGAUGCCGCCAUGGGCAACUGCUGCUCGAACUAUCAUGGGGAAUACCGUGAAGUCAAAAGAUUUCGUCAAACAUUGGUCUGGUUAUGACGAAGUAUGGAUAUCGACCAAUCUUGACUAUAUAACACCGGCACUUCAUAAUCCUUAUUUAUCAACUAGAACUCGAAAUCUACUCGGUCUUUUACCACUUCGUGAAGCCAAAAUGAAAACGCUCUUUGCACUACUCUUCGAAUUUCUCUUCAAACCAACAUUACCUGUUCAAAUUCGAGUUAAUUCUAUUUUAGCCGCAUCUCAUCAUCGUCAUCUUAUUUGUUUACAUAUUCGUAUAGGGAAAAAUCCGACGAAUCCGCUUGAUACUGCCUCUGCCACUCGAGGUCAUACAACACAAGACAUGCUGAAGUUUCUCGAUAUGUAUCUAUUGAAUUAUUCUUCACCGUUUUUCUUUGUCACAUCGGAUAGUGGCCAAGCUAUUUCAGAUGUUUUGCAUCAUUUUCCAAAUUCAUCAAUGACUAUUGCUGGUCCAAUUCUACAUAUAGAUCAUUUCGAUCGAAAAACAACGACUAUUUCCGAUGGUUUUAUCAAAGCUAUUGCAGAUUUUUAUGUACUAGGCGAAUGUCAAACGUCACUUUUAUCAAUAAGUGGGUUUUCCUUAUGGGCCAACCGUCGACGAUUAAAACCGAAUGAGAAUUUGUAUUAUUAUUUCGACAAAACUAAAACAGUACAAAAAGGUUGA